ACGAUCAGGCUUGAUCGUCGUACUGACCGCACUCCAACCGAAGUGUGAAAAUAACAGAAAUAUUAUGGGACAUGCUGUUUGAAGGCGUUACAAGUCUGACCUCUAGUGUCGAAUAUCUUGCUGUGUCCUGUUAGACGGUAUGCACCUAAAAGUAUUUUCAUAGGGUUAAUAAGGACGCCAUCAGUUCUGACUGUAUUAUAAGAUCAAAUGAGAUCCAAGUCAAAGUGCAGGGUACAUGUGUCUCAAUUGUUGGAAGAUUUGCAAUAAGGAGGACAGUGUUUGGUUGUAGUACUAGGGUGAUGGAGUGAGGAAGUGUUGUGAAAUAGGUUAGAACAGGACUGAAUGCAACAUUGACGAUUAUGGGAAAGCAUGGUUUAGGAUUGUGUGAGGAGGCCAUGUGGAGGACACCGUGGAGCAUGUGUUGAUUUAAUUGACACUGGAUUGUGGAGGAGAAUAAAAAUCGAUUGGUCGUGACUCGCCUCACACUCCAGCCCAGAUGGUGGCAGUAACCAGCCAACCAGAAACCAAAGAAGAAGACAACUUUUUGCUUCAACUUGUUUCGGAGAAGCCUCAGCCUGGGUCUGUGUGUAGGGUUUGUGGUAAGUGUUUGCAUGUGUGUAUGCAUGUGGAAUGACCAUGAAACAAGAGCUUGCAGCCUUUAUCGCUGACCGAUUGACAGUCGCGGCUGUUGAAAUCAUUGGAGCGGUGGCUAAAACAAUAUCCGAAUACAAAGAAGAGACGGAACGUUUGAAGAAAGAAAAUACACGCCUUCUGUCUCUGUUGAAUGAAGGCCAAAUCAAAUCUGAGUCAGCUGCAAUAGUCACUGAAGUGGCGGUUGAACCCGCUCAGCCUCACCCAAAGAUCCGCGUAACUGAAGAUGAAGGACUGUUUCGGCAGCAGGAUUCAGACAACAACAACAUCAUACUGAUUCCCAUCGACGAACGUGCGCACUGUAAAGAGGACCCACCUCAACCAUCACGGUCCUGCUUCUAUCAGGUCAUAAACAUCCAAGAGGGUACUCUAUUGGACUCUCAACUCAAGACUUCCGCCGUUUGUGGUGUCCGUGAUGAAAGCAAAGGUGGGGACAUCGCUGGAGGACUGCAGUCUAUCAUGAGGCAUCUCGGCUCCAAAGGUCCAGAGAAAAGGGAGACACAGCACACCUGUCUCUGUACCAAGGAUAAGGAGAGCGAUCAGACACUGGAGGAGAUGGAUGUGCAGACAGAAGAGCAGAGGCGUACAGAGGCAUUUGGUAAGGAUUGCAAUCUCAAAGAUGACUCGAAAGAUGCCACCCAGCAAGUUGAAGCAAGCGAACUUUCCAACGGUUCAUAUCGGUGCAAAAUAUGUGGCAAAUCCUUUCCCAGCAAUGACAAAUUCAACAUUCACAUGAGCAUGCACACAGAGGAGAAACCAUUUAUUUGCACAGAAUGUGGUAAAUGCUUCCAAACCAGAGGUUGUCUGACAGUUCACAUGAAGAUCCACACAGGGGAGAAGCCGUUUCAGUGUGAGAAAUGUGAUAAAUGUUUCAAUAGGAAAGAUCAUCUGGUAUCUCAUUUUAAAGUCCACCGAAAGGAGAAAACAUAUUUCUGCACAGAAUGUGGUCAAAACUUCAAAUUCGAAGGUAGUCUUACAGGUCACAUGAAAAUCCACACAGGGGAGAAACCAUUUGAGUGUAAGGAAUGUGAUAAGUGUUUCAAUAGGAAAGACCAUCUGGUGUUUCAUUCAAAAGUUCACCAACGGGGAAAAAACAUUUCGGCACAGAUUGUGGGAAAUGCGGGAAGAUCAUCUGCAGUCUCAAAUGAGGAACCACACUAGAGGAAACCAAAUAGCUUUCAGUUAGGCCUCUGGAGAAAGGGAGAACUCCCUGUUCUAAGCAACCUCGAUGGUCUUAUUCUUCAGAUGGUGAGCGUGUUCUGAGGUAACAAUGUGCACAGUCGGAUGGGAAGCUCCCUACAAACCUAUAGAACGUUUAUAUUAAGUUAAUGACUUAUCCCAGGGAUACACUUGGUUUGGACACAUUGUUUGGAAAAUUAAGAGAAGCUUUGCUUAAAUGUAUUGUUAACGGUUGAACUUUUGAUGUUAAGAACUUGGCAAAGAGCAUGUUUGGCCAAUUUACUUUACUUUGCUAUUGACUUACUACCACUUAAACAAACAUUACAUGGAAAUACAAAUGCAAGAAGUCAAGAGUGAACAGACUUUAUUCAUUUUUUUACCCUGCUACUAAAAUGUUCUAGUGUUUCCUUAGUUGUCUGAUACUCUGUUGCAAUCUUGGUAUGUAAGAUCACUGUUGUCACUUUUUCCCUCAUUCAUAAAAAGUUGCGUUGUGCUAUGUAAAGAUUGGAAUGUUUCUGUCCUGUUUAGUCUAUGGAUCCACACGUUUUACAAUACCAUUAAAAUGUGACUGAAACCCGCAAUCUUCUCAUUCAUAACAUAAGUGUAAUAUCAAAUGACAACCAAACCUAACACACACCACAUGACCUGUGGGCUCAACAGUUGAAGAGGAAAGUAUCCUGAGAAAGACUCAGAAAUAGUUUCAAAGUUGUGUUCCUGUUGUCCAGAACCGGUUUUAAUGUCUCUUAUUUUUACGCUUUUAAAGUUUCUU